GCUCGCGCCUAUAGGUGUGAAUAUGAAAUAAAUCGAGCCGUGAAAAAGAGAAUGAUCCUGAUGUGUAGAGAGAUUCAUGCCUCAUUGUCGUGAAGUAUACUGUCAGUACAACUUUCAAAUUUAGGAAAGCAGAAUAACUUUAAAUCGAUCCCGGUCUAAGUGUGACUAACUGAAGUCAUCAUGGAUGAAAAGCCGAAGAUGGCAGACAAGGAGAAGGAGGUAGCGAAGGUGGACCUUGGAGAGGAGGAGGAGGAGGAUGCAGAUAGAGAACAAUGGGGUCAUAAGAUGGAUUUCAUCCUCUCUUCAGUGGGGUAUGCCGUUGGGUUGGGCAACGUUUGGCGCUUCCCCUACCUAUGUUUUAAGAAUGGUGGAGGUGCAUUUCUCAUCCCAUACCUCAUCUUCUUGGCUAUUGCUGGAGCCCCACUAUUCAUCAUGGAGUUCUCCAUCGGACAGUUCUCAAGUCUUGGAUGCAUCGGCUGCUGGAACGUGGUCCCUCUACUCAGAGGUAUGGGUAUUGGCAUGGUACUCCUGUCAACUUUAGUGGCCAUCUACUAUAACGUCAUCGUAGCUUGGACCAUCUACUUCAUGGGAGCAUCCUGUCAGAGUACAUUACCUUGGUCCACCUGCAACAACUCCUGGAACACCGAGAACUGCUUCGAUUCCAGCGUACAAAAUGGAACGUUCAACACGUCCAAUUCGGUACGCCCCAGCGAGGAAUACUGGACAUACCGUGUUCAUCGGCUAACAGAUGGGAUUGAUGAUAUGGGCACAAUGAACUGGGAUGUAUUCGGAGCUUUUCUAGGAGCUUGGAUCAUCGUCUAUCUUUGCAUCAUCAAGGGAGUCAAAUCAGCAGGAAAGGUGGUGUAUUUCACGGCUACCUUUCCCUACGUGGUUCUCUUUAUUCUUCUCAUCCGUGGCGUCACUCUCCGUGGUGCUAGUAAAGGAAUCCUUUUCUACAUCACACCAAAGUUUGAGAGACUAGCGAGCCCAGAGCCAUGGAAGGAUGCUGCAAACCAGAUAUUCUAUUCACUGGGAAUGUCAUUCGGAAGUCUUAUCACCUUUGCCAGCUACAACAAGUACAAGAACAACUGUUAUAGGGAUGCCAUGAUGGUGGCUUGUAUCAACUGCGGGACAAGUAUAUUUGCUGGUUUCGUCAUCUUCUCCGUCUUGGGUUUCAUGGCUGUCGACAGCGGGCUAGAAGUCGAGGACGUGGUCGCAUCUGGUCCUGGACUAGCCUUCAAGGUGUAUCCUGAGGCCUUGUCCCGUCUACCUGUCCCUCAGCUCUGGUCUAUAUUGUUUUUCUUCAUGUUGCUCACGCUUGGACUGGAUAGUCAGUUCGCCAUGUCUGAAGCUUUGAUCACAGCCAUCUCAGAUGAACUCAGCCCUGCUAAGAGAAAGAAGUACAAAUGGAUUGUCACCUUGGGUGUGUGUGUCUGUCUGUUCCUGUGUGGUAUACCAAUGUGUAUGAAGGGUGGUUUGUACGUUUUCACUCUCAUGGAUUGGUAUUCAGCAUAUUUCUCGUUAUUCAUCAUUUCAUCUUGCUAUUCCCUGUCACUAUGCUAUAUGUAUGGUCUAAAACGUUUCGUCAGUGACAUCCGGGCCAUGAUUGGCUAUGAUGUCUUCAUUUAUUGGCAGGUCUGUUGGGCUGUUCUUUCACCACUAGCCAUGAUGCUCAUCGUUAUAUUGGGCUUCGUAUUCUACGUGCCUGCUUACUAUGGUGAUUACGUAUUCCCAGACUGGGCUCAGGCCGUUGGUUGGAUCAUGUCUUUCGUAUCUUUCCUGGUUGUUCCACUAUACUCAGUCUAUGCGAUGAUCUUUCUGGCAGAAGGAAGUUUCUUCAAGCGUUUAUCAUUCUUGAUGAAGCCCACUUGGGACUGGGGUCCAGCGUUGAAUGUCGACCGGAUCGCUCAUGGAUACAAGCCAUUCCCUCCUGGUCGAGGGGGCCGCAUACCCGAAGGGUAUACUGGAGAUUAUGCCAUGGAAUCGGACGUCACCGCCAAAUACGAACCUACAAAUGGCGUCGUCUCCAUCAUCUCUGGAAGAUACGUCCCAACUGAACAAGGGCGGGAGGCUGAUACCGCCUCAAACGGUACCCCUCCUCCUGAUUAUAAUUCAAUUAACUAAGAUUAUUUCAUGGAAACACCGGGUUGAAACAGCAUGCACAAGUGCAAAGUCUUUCUGGAAUGAAUUCAUGCCGCGGAAUGUUCAUUGUCUACAACUUACUGAUGUGUUUAUACUGAUGUUCAACAAAGUUUUAUCUCAGUACAUGACUGCUUACCUACGUGCAAAGAAAUCUAUGUCACCAAUAGUAGGCAACAGCACCGGUCACAGCAAAAGAUGUAUACAUUAUUCAGAAUCAUACUGAAAUAACCCUCAGAUGAAUUCUCCUGAAAUUCUUUGCAAUUGUGUGCUAUUGUCAUGCUAAAAAAACACCUGCAUUUUAUUUACUAAAUACUUAGUGAUUAAUUCUUGAAUUACCUAGAAUUAUGUUCCAUAUUUUCAAUGAUCUGUUUUGAUUUUUUUAUUCUUGUGUAUUAUUAUUAACAAACGUGUGUUAUAAAGAUUGUAAGGCUUAUAUCAAAGCGUACAUUUUAGUGUUUUUCGAAAGCAAUGCAAGAUAUAUUUGUAUUCAUGUUCGGUAUGAUAUAUGUUUCUUGUACAAAAGAAGAUAUUUUAAUACAAAUACAUAUGGAUUCAUUAUCUGUAUAUAAUUAGUUUCAUAACUGCAGAAAAAGUACUUUUUUACCUAUCGCAUAGAUGUCAUUAUUUCGUAAAUAUCAUGUUGGUUUUAGGUCAAGUAAAAAAAAAAAUGAGUCUACUAACGUGAAAAAUCAAACGAGCAUAACACUAAACCUUAAAAUUGAAGUUUGUUCACGGCUUUUAAUUUUUUUUCACAAAACGGGUUUCGGUUUGCAAAUAACAGGGGUCGGGGAACGGGGGGAAGGCUGUGUUGGCUUCAGACCCCCCCCCCCAAGUUUUUGUCCAAAAUCUGGUACAAAAACGUAAAAUUGAACAUCUGACAGUGAUUUUGUUUUGAUGGUCAGCCCCUCCCCCCCUCCCACUUUCAAAACCGUUCCGCAGCCCCUGAAUAAGAGAUUCAAUGAUAUCUCUUCUAACUAACUAUUUUAUAUAAUUGUAAUUUGAAAAAUAAGAUAAUUCACUUUUACGAGUUUUCUUAAAAAACGGAUUGUCGUCAUUGACUUAGUCGAUACCUUGUUUGACAUGGCAAUUUGAUUUAUGUCCCCUACGAACUAAAUCCUACUCUUUUUAAUAAUUAUCUCUUGCAAUGUCCCUGAAUAUAUAUCAUAAAAGCCCUCUCCCGGAAAAAAAGAAAAAAAAUCAUUCCUAAUAAGCAAACUGUCAAUUUAGAUGAGAGUGUUUAGAAUUUGGUGUAUAAACUGGUGAGUGCUUCAUAGAGUUUUCGUUAGUAACGAACGACUUUACGCAGGAAUAUCAGGGCACUGGGAACAACUUUUUAGUGGGGUGCUUAAGUGAAUUUGAUAAGCAAAAUAAAUUUCAAUUCUAAAUGAAAAUGGUUUCGGUCCAAAAAAAAAUUUAUAAGAAAAAAGGUAUUCAAUCUAAAUCGAAGGUGGUUACAGUCCACAGAAAUUUGACAAGCAAAAAAGGGUUUCCCUAAAAAUAAUCCUUCAUUUUUAUUAUAUUUUUUUUGCCAUUUAUCAUUUACCUACCAAAUUUCUAGGGGGUGAUGCCUAUGGAAAAUAACACACGCAGCAAUCCGGGGGAAAAUUUGGGGGUGCUUCAGCAAUCAGCGCCCCCAUUUCCCACGACCAUGAGGAAUAUCGUGAACCUUUCUUGAUAUUUUAAUAACUGCUAAUGGCAAUUUAGGGUAAACCGUAUUGUUAUACCAAGAAAAGGGUCACCAGUCUAGAAAUAUCUCCCCCCCCCCCCCUCUCUUGUUUGUAUAGGGAAUGGGUUCUAAAAUAAUCAUGUGUAUGUUUAUCGUUAAUACAUUCAUCUUAUUCGCAUCCAGUUCUAUUAAAACUACUAAAAAGGGUUAUCCUAGGAAAGUAUGUGGUUGAAUAAGAAUAGUAUUUGCCCCCUCCCCCCAUUCGUCUUAGCACCGAGGAGGGGAGGGGGUGGUCUAGAUGGGCUUUUUGAUUUUUUUUCUAAUGGGAUAUUCAAGAUCUUGGUAGGGUUGCUUUGGGUUUAUUUAAUAAGGGUCACACAUCACUGAUUUGGAUGAACUUGAAAUUUGAUUUUUUUUUUUAACAAAUCCUCGGAAAAGCAAUAUCUCAAGCUCCAUAUAGAUUUUACUUUCGCACUUUGUGAUGUUUAGUUUAGGGUUUGCAUUGCUCAAAGUGAUGAGUUUUACCACAACUCAAACAUAAUCAUAAUGAUUUUAAAGUAAGAAAAGGUUUACACCAUCAUUUAAACGCAAUUUUACGUGCAACAUGUCCCAAGUGUUAAUCCCUAACUAUGUGCUGAAACAUUGCAGUAUACAGCUCACAUUAAUCUUAAUGCAAAUACAUGUAAUUAAUACUUGUUCUUUUAGAUUUGUGCCGUUUUCACUUCUCUUAAAAUGAUGAUAGAUUUAAAUUUGUAAUUAUUUGGUUGUAUAAAAAAUAUGAUUGCGUUUUGAUCUUUCAUGUUGUAAAUAUCUUUGAAUGGAUCAUGAAUACAGUCUUUCAGAUUUUCUCUUCGUGUUUUACAAAGAUAGAAUUUAUACAGGUGAAAUGUAGCUAUAUAUUAUUCAAUUAUUUAGUGUACUUCCUUCCUUACCAAAUCGGAACAGGGUACCGCGCGGCUCAAGAUGCGUCUUUGCGUUAGAGAAGUGAAAUGUUUGGAUCUUUAAAGUACUAUUGUAUAUUACGAUUAUAAUUAUGCACAAAAUUAACAUUUUUUAAAAUCAUUUCACAUUCAAGACAUUUCUAGUAUUAAAGAAAUGUGUAGAGUCUCCAAAUCAUGAACAUAGAAAGCGGACUCAAUCAUCGCUUAACAAUUCUGAUAUUUUCAGAGAUUUUACUAUUAAUCAGACUUAUAUAUAUUUUUUUACAGUUGCACCAUGUUUACAUAUAUUAUAUAGUUGAUAUUCAACUUGUUUCUAAAGCACUCAUUUGGAUAUAUGUUAUGUCAAAUACACAGAAUCAUUGUUUUGAAGAUCACAUUCUAUGCUUUUUCAUAUCUCGAAAUAUAUAUCUGUUCAUUUUAGUAUGGUGUUUUAACGUGACAAAUAUCCCCUGCAGCUUUAUAAUCUCUGAGUGUUAAAUUUGAUGUUCCAUUAUAAUGUCGAUAUAUUUCCAAGACAUUCUGAUAACAAGGAGGCUGACGAGGGUUUUCAACUCGCGUUGCAUAUAGAAAUACAAAGUGUCUAUGUUUUACAAACUGAUUCAUGUAACCGUUUUUGACGUCCAUGGAGUAUAAAACGGUAAAUGGCUGUUAUUUUCUCCUUUCACCAUAGAGGAAGAAAAUGUAAGUUUGUCUUUCAAGAUCAGAAAAGAUAAUUUGAAUGAUGAUGGAGAGUUUCAAAUAAACAUAUUGUAUUCUGA